UGGUUUCGUUGGGCGCGCAAACCGUGCGGCGUGCAUUUUUUGUUGUUGUUUUGUAAUAACUGUUUUUAUGUAGUUAAUUGUGCCAAAAUGUUGAACUUAAACUGCGUAAUUUGCGCCGAGUUGUUUGGACAGGCCGACGAGGUGUUUGCCACUGUUUGUGGGCACAUGUUCCACCACAGUUGCCUCAACCAAUGGCUCGAUCGAUCGAAGACCUGCCCCCAGUGCCGCAAUAAGUGCACAACUCGCAACAUAUUUAGGGUCUACUUCAACUUGGCCAACUUGGAUGUGAGUCGCAUCGACGUGGGCUCCCUGCAGGAGCAGCUGGACAACGCCAAGUUGUCCAUGAAGAUGAUCGAAAAGGAGCGCAGCAAGGAUGAGCAGCAGAUGCGGAAUCUCAAAGAGACGCAAAAGAAGUGCCUGAAAACCAUAGCUGGUCUGGAGCAGAAGGUGCAGAAGAAGGAGUUCCUCAUCAGCAGCUAUGCCGAGCAGAUCAGCAUCCUCAAGAGCGAUGCGCAAGUGGUGGAUGGCUUGCGCAAGGAGAACAAGUCCCUGAAGUCACAGAUCCAGGCCAUGGAGGGCGUGUCGGCCAUUCUGGCGGCUGGCUCGGCGGAUGCCGAGCGCCUGCUCAAGAACGAGGCCGAUCCCCACGUCCUGGCCAACUGGGUGUCCACACUUAAGCGGGAGCUGCGCCAAUGCGAGAGCAAGAAGACGGAACUCAGGAACGUGGUCAAACUGGUGCAAAAUGAUCUGCGCAAGGAGAUCGAACUAAAGCGCAAGUUGGAGGAGCGUGUUUCCCACCUGGAGAGCGAUCUUUACCAGGCACAGGAGAAGCUUCAAUCUCUGGAGAGCAAGACCAUUUGCCUGGACUCUCCCAAUGCUUCUUGUGGCCUUAAUAGCAACAUUCUGGCCCUAAAGCGGGAGCAGAGGCGUAGCACCAUAUCUCCCACUGUUAAGGAGAAUAUCAAGCGGAUCGAAGAGUCCACCUCCCCGUAUCUCAACAUCAAAUCUAGCAGCGUGGGCUUGGCCCAUCUCCUGAAUACCAAGGGUAACAUCGGGCUGGCCAAGUCCAAAAUUUCUCCCAUUAAGGGAGUGGGCGGUGUGAGUAUGACCAGCGGGACCAUACGGAAAACCACCAGUGAUCUCAGCGAAAAGUACUCAAUUUUCAAGAAGCCGCGUCUGCUGCUGGGCAGCUCGAGCAGCACUGGCUUGGCGGCCACCACAGGGUCCAACUUUGUCUACAACGGAAUGGGCGGCUCCGAGAAGAUCGAUCCCUUCGCGCAGCGCGCCGAGGAAGAGGGUCCGUCCAGUGGCAGACCCUCAGCCGUUCUCUCCCGGAAUGUCAACCAGCGCCUUAAGGCCGGCUCCCUGCGGAACUUCAACCUGGGCAAAUAAGUCCACAGCCAUGUGAUUAUAUGAGACUGCCCCAGUUGGGUAUUAGCGUGCGAUUGCUAUUGAGGAUUGCCGAUUUUGUUAGCCAAUGCAUGAGUUAGGCACUAGUAAUAAGUUAGCGGUUAAUAUAUAAAAAAUACAAAAGGCAAGUGUGCGAUCAGGCAGCAA